AUGCGUGCAAUCAUGCAUUUGACAAAGUUGUGUACGAUUUGGGGAUCUCUCCUUACGACCCUGGUGCUGACAAGGGACAUUGUUCUGCCCCCAAUAUUGGAGAUCCAGCUCGAUGGUCAUCAAGCGUCGAUGGGAGCGAGAUCAGCAGAUUUCAGUCCAGAUCAGACUUAUGCUGGCUUAACGACAUAUGCCAACCUACCUUGGCUUCACUGCUUGUCAACUGACAGUAGUAUUACCCCGUUUGAUAUUGCCUUCCUGGGUGCCCCAUUUGAUACCGGCACAACGGGUCGGCCAGGUGCGAGAUUCGGACCAACUGGCAUUCGCUUGGGCUCGAGACGCAUACAUGCAGGAGGAUCUUGGAGUCCAUAUACUCACGAGAACUCAUUCCAGAGCUGGGCUCGGAUCGUGGACUGUGGCGACGCUCCUUUGACCUUCUUGGAUAACACAGCGGCAUUGAAACAGCUUGGUCAAGCUCAUAAGACUGUGUCGAACCGGCAGACCAACGCAACGGAGCUGGCAAGUGUCCCUCGCAUCAUUACGUUAGGCGGAGACCACCUUACGACUCUCGCUGCCUUGAGGUCCACUUACAAUCACUGGGGUGCUGUAAGCGUCAUUCACUUCGAUAGCCAUAUAGAUACCUGGGAUCCAAAACUGCUCGGCGGUGGCAUCUCCCAUUAUGCUGGAGUCAACCAUGGGACUUUUCUUCAUAUCGCCCAUGAGGAAGGGCUGAUCCUGAAUGCAUCCGCUCACGCCGGCAUUCGUGCUCCAGCAGUCAACAAGAAGUACGACUGGAAGAAUGAUAAACGAUGCGGAUUUGAGAUUGUGACGGCGCGAGACAUUGACAAGAUUGGUGUCGCCGGCAUCAUCGAUAAACUAAAGGCCCGAGUCGGGAGUAACAAGGUAUACAUCUCGGUGGAUAUUGAUGUACUGGAUCCUGCUCAUGCACCCGCGACUGGGACCGCUGAGGUUGGAGGCUGGACAACGCGUGAGCUGCUCUCGAUCCUCGACGGUCUGGAAGGACUGAAGGUGAUCGGGGCUGAUGUGGUCGAAGUUGCGCCGGUUUAUGACAAUGCUGGCGAGACCACGACGCUUGCUGCCGCCGAGGUAGCACACAGCCUGAUGACAUUGAUGGUGCAGACGCCGGUGAAAGCCCUGAUAGAUGAAUGA